UGCAGAACGCCUGGCACAGCAAAUUGUCAGGAUUCAAAAACUGACAUGGCAGGGCCCAGACCUGGCUUGGCUGCCUUGCUCUGCACGUUAGUGCUGCCAGUAGGAGGGGAGAUCUGUGGAGAUGCCGUGUGCAACUACCAGUUUGUUAUUAGACGGGCUCGAACUAUGACUCACACCCGGACCGUUGGGGGCAGGGUACAAAAUAAUCAGGUCUCCAUAACCAAUGACGGCCAUCUUGAACUCUUCACGACAUUGGGCCUGGACACUAACCGGGACGAUGUCAAUGGCACGCGUGUUUGGGCAGAUGACGUCAUCACUGCUGACGGUGUGCAGAGGAACAUUAUUCUAGUGAACGACCAGUUCCCAGGACCUGCUAUAGAAGUCGUGGAAGGUGCACAGGUAGCGGUCACAGUUGUCAACCAACUUCUGACAGAUGCCCUCACCAUCCACUGGCAUGGCCUGCACAUGCGCAACACGCCGUGGAUGGACGGUGUCCCGUCCGUCACACAAUGCCCCAUCAUGCCGCACGAGAGCUUCACCUACCGCUUUCGCGCGUUCCCUGCAGGGACGUUCUACUACCACUCCCACAUGAGCAGCCAGAUGGCUGACGGACUCUUCGGCGCUCUCAUCAUACAUAACAGCCAGCCGACCGUGCCUUCCAUCCCCCUCCUGUUGAACGAUUGGUAUCACGAGGAAGCAGAGACUCUGGACAUCGCCAGCAAGUACAACCUUUAUCACAAAGGAGCAGGGCAGUUCGAAUAUGACGAAUUUCCAAGAGGGUAUUCUGUGGAUGGAGUAGAGAUUAUCGGUCGUCUAUUUGUCUCGGCCUUGAUAAACGGACGUGGAAGGUACAAGUCAAACAAAGCGCCACUAUCUAAGUUUACCGUGAGGGAGGGACAGAAGAUUCGCAUGAGGUUGAUCCAUGGAGGAGGCGAUCACAACUUCAAGGUUUCCAUCGACCAACAUGCUCUGCGCGUGCUUGCCUCCGAUGGUCACGACAUUGAGCCACUGACCGUGGACGCCAUCAUUGUGUCACCCGGUGAGAGGUUUGACUUCGAGGUUGACGCCAGCGCAUCACCCGACCUGUACUGGAUCCGGGCGGAAACCCUUCGGGAGGGAACCUGUGUGACAUGUUCCAACGAAAAUAUCACCAUUACGCCUGAUGACGUUGUCGAGGAUGCCAGAGCGGUGUUGGUCUACCAAGGCUCCUCUUCCGAUGAAGAUCCAACGUCUCAAGCUCGCCAGUGCACUACCAAAAACCCCUGCAUUUUCCUAAACUGUCCAUUUGGGGGAUACCCGGACGACCAUUACAUAGUCUGCAUCAGCAUUGCCAACACAAGUACCCCAGCAUCACCCCAGGAUGAGGCAGAUGAAGAUGAAGAUGUCGAGGAGUAUUUUCUGAACUUUGGAUUCCACGUGGGAUCCAACAUCAACGGGCGUCGGUUUCUUCCUCCAACCAGUCCGCUUCACCAACCUCCAAGUACCAAUUUUAUCACCCCGUGUCCACCAGAGCAGUGUCAGCAACUGGGUUGCCAAGACCAUUCAGCUUGUUCUAGCAAGUCAUCAAAAACACGGAGGUUUGGAAACGCACAUCACAACGUCCAUAUCCAUGGAUACACAUUUGAUGUAGUGGCAUCGGGGUAUCCUGGCUUCAACAGGACUACAGGGGUCUUCGAGCACAGCAACCCUGACGUUGUGUGCAGCAAUGAGCUAUGCAGUACCGUCACAUGGCGGCAGGGGGCGCCAUCCUUCAAGGUCAAGAAUGCACCACGGAAGGACACAGUUUUGCUUCCAGCCCACGGAUACACAGUGGUCCGAUUUAGGUCUGACAACCCCGGUUUCUGGUUUCUCCACUGUCACCAGUCCAUGCACCUGGCUGAGGGGAUGGCCAGGGUGCUGAACGUGGCGGGAGACCGCCACCCAGCGCCACCUAGCGGCUUCCCCAAGUGUGGCAACUUCAGCUGGAGUGAGGAGGAGUACGAGGCCGCCAUGUCUGGAGCUUGGCCUGCGAAGCAAAAGGUUUGUAGUCUAUAUCAAAUUCAUACUUUUUACUUUUUACUUCAUUGUAACCACAUUUGCCAGAAAUAA